GCGCGAUAUCCUCGCACGGUUCACAACUAAAAGAAGACCUGACCCGCGUUAAAUGAUGCUUUUACAUGAUGGAAUAUGUUGAUUUUAAAAGUUGACCAGGGAUUUCUGGUUGUGGGGUGUUUGCGAGGCAUGGCUUUCCUUUUAACUUGCUUAUUUCUGUCUUGUUACAGUGCGAGCAGUGUUUGGGGAAAUCAGCACGGUGAUACCAGUAUCUAUUUGGAUAACAUCACGCGCAUAUUGGAUAGAUUACUGGAUGGCUAUGACAACAGGCUGCGACCUGGAUUUGGAGGUCCAGUUACAGAGGUCAAAACUGACAUCUUUGUCACCAGCUUUGGACCUGUUUCAGAUGUUGAGAUGGAAUACACCAUGGACGUGUUCUUCCGUCAGACAUGGAUCGACGAGCGGCUGAAAUUCGAGGGCCCCAUUGAGAUCCUGCGGCUCAAUAACCUGAUGGUCAGCAAGAUCUGGACGCCGGACACCUUUUUCCGGAAUGGCAAGAGGUCGAUCUCUCACAACAUGACCACCCCCAACAAGCUGUUCCGCAUCAUGCAGAACGGAACUAUCCUCUACACCAUGAGAUUAACUAUAAAUGCAGAGUGCCCCAUGCGUCUGAUGAACUUCCCGAUGGACGGCCACGCCUGCCCGCUCAAGUUUGGGAGUUAUGCUUACCCCAUCAGCGAGAUCGUGUACACUUGGAAGAAAGGUCCGCUGUCCUCGGUGGAGGUGCCACAGGAAUCAUCCAGUUUGCUGCAGUACGACCUCAUCGGUCAGACAGUUUCAAGCGAGAGGCUAAAGUCCAACACAGGUGAAUACGUCAUCAUGACCGUACACUUCCACCUGCAGAGGAAAAUGGGCUUCUUCCUGAUUCAGACUUACAUUCCCUGCAUAAUGACUGUCAUCCUGGCUCAAGUCUCUUUUUGGAUUAAUAAGGAAUCAGUUCCAGCUCGGACUGUCUUUGGUAUCACGACUGUCCUGACCAUGACAACACUCAGUAUCAGUGCCCGCCACUCCCUACCAAAAGUUUCUUACGCCACAGCCAUGGAUUGGUUUAUCGCCGUUUGCUUCGCCUUCGUCUUCUCCGCCCUGAUUGAGUUUGCAGCCGUCAACUACUUCUCCACCCUGCAGGCCAACCGGGAGCUGAGGAAGGCGGCUGCCAUGAAGGCUGCGGCUCAGGAGGCCGCUGCUGCAGCUGCAGCUCCGCCCGCAGCCACGGGGAACGACGGAGAGGUUACCGCAGUGGAUCCCAGCAGUGUGCUGAAGAAGAGGAUGAACUCUGCCCCGCUGUUUGACCGCCCUGCCAAAACAUUCCCCAACCCACCUGUCAAUGCCCAAGCCUUCCUGCAGCAGGGUUCAGCCGUACCGGCCAACAACGUCCUGACUGGCACCAGCAUCAUCGACAAAUACUCACGCAUCCUCUUCCCCCUUUCGUUUGGCGCCUUCAACCUGGUCUAUUGGAUCGUCUAUCUCACUAAGGACACGAUGGAGAUGUCCAGGGACACCGUUUAAGCCAAGACUUUGUCUUCCUGGAAAUCACUACACACACUCACAUACACACGCACACACUGUCAUACACCUGCACGGGCACACACACACAUAUAUACACAAUAAAUAGAUGACAGACGCUUGCCAAGCACUCUUUUAUGCCGCCUCAGUGCAUUGUAUUUCUUUUUAAGUACUCCCCUGGAAAGUGAGUGUUUUGAGAGCAGAUGUACCAGCUCCUAUUGCCAACUUGACCCGGGAGCUCACAGCCUGUGGGCCCCCGGCUCUGGAACCAUUUCAAACAGGUACUACAUCUCUCUCUGUCUCUUUCACUUCUUUAUUUCUGUUCCCCAGUAUUUCAUAAACACUUACAUGUUAUGACACUUUUUCAGUGUCCGUCCUGUAUCUCCCCUGCCCGAAGAGAUUGGGCAAGAUGCACAAAGCUAAGCUAGCUAGGCUGCAGAACCAGAGGCAGAGAAACUACUUUGUUAUAUGUAUUUAUUUCUGUAUGCGUGCAACUUGCAUGCAGUUUCACACAUUGUAGUGGUUUGGCAUGUGUGUUUGAAAUUACACAUUCCCUAAUGUGAUAUUUUGAACAGACGUUGAGUGCACCCGAUGUCCUGACUGGAUCCAGUGUGACUGACUGAACUCCCAGCUCUUCCUUCCACUCUUCAUUUUUUUUCUCCCUCAAAACACCCGCUAUUUUUUGGUUCACUGGCUUAAUUUCCCCCUCGCUGAUGGAGUACAGAGGAUGUGAGGCAAAAUCUUCAAAGGGUUUUUCUGGUGUGUUCCACAGAUACACUGGCCUGCUCCAAUAUUCACUGUCACAUGCACAUGCACAUGCGGAUGGAGAAACGUGCACAUGUCAGAAAAUACAGACACUAAAACAUGCACACAUGCCACUCACUUACACACACGACAUGCUUUACAUGAUUUUCACAAUGUCAGGAUUUUAUUUCCUCAUUUCCUAUAGACAGAAAUAAACUUUAAAUCAUCAGUGCAUGAUUGAAUGACUAUCAUAAAAUAAUACCUCUUAAUAGUUCCGAAAAAAAUCACGGAAACGCACAGUACAUGCCUACAAGAACAAGAGGGGAUGACAUUGCAACAUUUUUAAAACAAAUGUAAAGCUAAAGGUCCAGUGUGGAGGAAUUAAGGGGAUAUACUGGCAGAGAUGGAAAACAAUGUAAUAUAAUAAGUAUGUUUUCUUAAGCAAAUAAUCACCUAAAAAUAAGAAACUGUAUGUGUUUUCGUUACCUUAGAAUGAGCCAUUAAAUGUAGCCUACAUAGGGAGUGGGUCCUCAUUCUUGGAGUCCGUCGUAUUGCACCACCAUGUUUCUACAGUAGCUCAGACUGGACAAACCAAACACUGGGUCUUUGCGUUUUUGUGUUUAUGCAUCAGCCACUGUGCUAAGUGUCAGAAAAAGGCAGAUAUUUUUACGUGACACUGCUUUAUUCAGUGUUUUGAUCAGUUUUUAAUCACCUGCUCUGUUUUUUUUGGAGAGGAAGAGACCUCUGCGGAUAAUUGGUCCGUUAGUAAAAACAUCUGGAUCUCAAGUUAUCAGAAAAAAAAGCUGAGCACACAUUAGCAGGUGCUUGGCCAGUGGUCCAUGUCCAGCAUGCCAAACAGCAGUAGGAGAAACACUGAUUUGUAUUGUGAGACUGCUUUAUUCAGUGUUUUUACCAGUUUAAAUUGAUGGGUCCAUUUGUUUUGGAGAGAUGCAGAUAAAUCAGCUCACGGUAAAAAGCCUCCUGAACAUCUGGAUCAGAAAUAAGGUGAGCACACAUUGGGUUGUUAAAGAAAAUAGGUUAGCAGGAGCUGGGCCAGCAGCCCGUCUGCAGACCCAAUCAGUGGGUCUGUUUGUUUUAAAGAGGAAGAGACCUCUGCAGAUAACUCGGAUCCUGGUAAAAACCUCCUUAACAAUGAAAACUGAGGAUAUUCUAACCAGGAGACAUUUCAGCUGGUUGCAAUCUGCAAUCCUCACAGCUAGAUGCCACUAAAUCCCCCUAAAUCUUACACAUUGUUCCUUUAAGUUUGCCUGACAUUACAUUAAGACAAAGGAUUCUUUUGAGCUGCAAAAUGUACGACAUUCAAGACACUUCAGGGCAACAGCAGGAAAAAAAGAAACAGAGGUAAACCACAACUGCACACACUUGCUAGUGUCUCAUACAGUAACCUGUAUCCUGGCAACAACUGAUUUUUCCUCAGAGAAGAUUCAGGCCUUUACACUCAUUUUGUAUCAUUUCCUUUUUCUGUUUUUUAAUCUACUUAUUGUAGUGGUUUUAAUUGAAGUUAAAGGAUCCCUACACUGGUUGCCAAUUAUCUCUUGAGAUGGCAGCUCUGGCUUCUGGUUGUCAUUAACAAAGCGGCUGAAAAAAAUAGACACCUAAACCUAUCAUCAUCAAUUAUACGAAAUGCCAAAACGUAUUCAUUAAUAAUCCACUUGUGUGGAUUUGCAUACGAUUAUGCACAGUUUCCAAUUAAGCAGAGAUUGUAACAUGUUAAAUCCAUGUGGUGUCUAAAUAUAAGCUGAUGUGUGUUUGCUUCCUCGUGGCAUCCAUCAUCCACGAGGAUGUUCUCAUUAAAGGUGUCUCUUAAUAACACAGGCACCUUUUAAAAGGAAAAACCUGCAGACGGUGCCGAAAGCUUAUAGUAGUCCUGAAAGCUGUACGCCUCCUCUGGCUGUUUAGUGGAUGGGCUAUUUGAUUUUGAUUCUCACAAAAAAAAUAUGUACAAUUAAUGUAAAUUGCCCCUGUGUUCUUAUUCAGUCUUGAAAAACUGAUUUUUGGGUUCUUUAAUUCUGUGUUAUAAUUUUUUUUUAAAGAUAUUCUGGUUUGGAGGGAAGCUUUUCAUUUGUUGUACUUAUGUGUAUUUCUUCUGAGCACUUUGAUUUGUGAACAGACCAGCAUGGUAGAGCUCAGUUCGACAAUACUGAUAGAGUAAAAAAUAUGCAUGAUUAAAACUUUGCAUCAUACACAUAGUUUUUUUUAUAGAGUAAAAAUAUGCAAUGCAAUAAAAAAUGCAAUACAGACUCUGGUAGACCCCCUAGGUUGGGAUCAAUUGCUUCAACAAAAAAAAAAUAUUCUGGAGCUGCAAAAGCUUUCAUGAACUUGGAAACAAUAACUCUAUCGCCAGACAAGAGGAUCAAUAUUGGACUAUUCUGCAACAGUGCCAAGGAUUUUAAAUUGUUGCUUUUUGUAAUAUUAGCGUACGGCAACUAUGACAUGGUUAGAGUUAGGCUACUAAAACUUAAAAGAGGAUGCAAACUCUGGCAUGAAAACCUGAUGUGAUAGAUUUGGACUCGUGUACUUUACAUCUUUGGUUAGUUGACAUUGAAAUGACUGGUGUCAGUUAUGGUGUGCGGAGGAUUUGUUCAUUUUAAGACCUGUUGUUGCAUGUUUUUUUCUUUCACAUGUGCACCAAAGGACUAAAGGAACAGUGGUGUCAGCCUGUAUGAACUGUCUUUGCACCCUCCCUCUUUCUCUACUUCAUCCAUCUCCCUCCUCUACUCUGUCUACGAGGCAGAGGCUGAUGAGACAGGGCAUUUCAGCCCUUCUUGCCCUGCGUGUCAGGCUCCAUUGUGGGAAAAACCUGACUGCCAGUGAACUCGGACUGCCACAGAACUGCUGGCUCAACCCCAAUGGAGCCUCGGAACACCAACACCUCCCACCUCCAGCGGUGACUGAGCGUGUUUCGGCAGGAUAAAACUUCAGUGGAAUAGUCAGAGUGAGAGGGUGUGCAUGGAUGUGUGUGUGUGUGCUUUUUUUUUUUUUUUAAAUAUGAUUGAGCUCAUUUGCUUUUAUCAGUGACCCGAUUGAUCUGCCCUCUGACCCCGGCCUAGCUGCUCAGCUCCAUCGCACCACAGAGAGAACUGCACUUGCAUGACCUCCGACCCUUUAUGUGCUUGUUAGGGUUGUUGAAUGUAGAAGGUUGUGAACUCCAUAGAAUAUAGAAUUCUAUUGCUAUGGUGACUGCAGCCAUAAACUGCCCUUUAGUCAUUUUGUUUCCAUCCACAGGCAUGGGCUUUAUUGAUUCUUUCAUUUAGCCAGCGUUAAUCUCUUUCUCUCUCUCUUUCUUUUCUUUUCUCAUUUCUACAGUCAUUUGCCUAGAAAUUGUGGACACAAUUUAGAAGACAUUGAAUGCUCUACAUUGUUAUUUUAUGUGUAUAUUUUGUGAAUAUGAUUCAGUAUUUCUGUAGGUUGCUAUUUGUAUUCUGACCCUGCUUGAUGAUCAGCUGCACUGCAUUAACCAUUUGUACUGGUUUGAGCGACAGACCACCGACUUUUGUAUUUCUAGCGGUUUAGUUCAUCCACGUUUGCUCCUUGUACACAUUGCUCUCCACUCGUUUUUAUUAUUGUCAUCAGGAAGGCCUGUUUGUAUUGCAACAGAAAACAAUAUUUGCCUAUUCAGGUCUCUUGUCCCCUGUUAAUAAAUGAACCCUUACUCUCUUUUCCCACAGGAUUGUAUAUUACUAUGUUCAAUAAAGCCAGAUU